AUGGGACGCACAGUCGACCAGGACGUCCACGCGGCGUUUGUCGAGUUCAAGGCCAAAGAGGACGACAAGUGCAUGUCGGUGCAGUGCAUCUACUGCCAGCAGAUUCGAGCAAAGAACACCUCGCGCCAGAAGCAGCAUCUCCUCGAGUGUCCGGGCCUCCAAAACCAUCCCAAUGCUCCUCGACCACAGUCCUCGGCCGGCGACGGCAUCGGCCCAGCGAACGGCUUCAGCACCCCAUCGAGCCUGCAUCAGACGAACGGUCCCAUGAGCAAUGGAAUACCGACAAUCAGCACUCCGAUGCAGGGAAUGGCGUCGACGUCUUCCAUACCCUCCACAACUCCCCAGGCCGUCGCUACGACUCCGCAAAGACCGACCCCCAAGCCGAAACCGCCCAAGACAGCCCCCAGUUCGAACCUUCCUGCACCGCCUCUAGACGAUGUCCAUGCUGCGUUUGUGGAGUUCAGAGCCAAAGAGGAGGACAAGUGUCUCUCGGUACAAUGCAUCUAUUGCAACCAGAUCAGAGCGAAGAAUACGUCGAGACAGCGCCAGCAUCUGCUCGAGUGCACGACCUAUCAAAAUGUCAUGAAAGAGUCUAUUCCCGCCAACAAUCUUCUACAUCGAUUUGACGAAGGAGACGUUGCUCGUUCGCUGCAAUUGCCUACACCUACCCUGGAGCUCGACUUCCGCAUGAGCAUCAAGGUGAACCCCAAGAUCUCGGUCGGGUCGGGUCUUUUCGGUCAUCGUGACUGGGUCAGCAUCGUGGGAGGACAGUGGGCAGGCAGAUGGGGCAAAGGCAUCGUCAUUCCAGGUGGUCAAGACAAUCAAUUGGUGGUGAAAGACCUUGCCACACGCAUCGACGCAAGUUAUCUUUUGCAAACAAAUGACGAACCUCCGGCGUAUAUCACGGCCACGUCAAAGGGCUGGCGGACAGGACCAAAGGAUGUGCUGGAGAGCUUGAACGACCCUGCGGAGGCCGACACCAUUCCAGCCAACCAAUACAAAUUCCGCAUGUCCAUCGAUCUCGAGACCGGCGAUGAACGCUACGGCUUUCUCAAUACUUGUCUCUGGAUGGGAAGUGGCUGCAAGAGGACUGGCGAAAGUAAGUCUAGAUGUGUCUUGAUCGAGGACUUGAUGGCUCGUACUUACCUCAUCGCCAGUUAUCUUUGA